AUGACGACAGUAUUGGUUAUGUUCACCAGCUACGCCUUGAAGUACUCAACGUUCGUUGACAUCUCUAACACUCUGAAGAAGUUUGACCAAUAUCUACAAAUGGAGGCCCCUACUAAAUGUUGUAUGACAUUAAAAGCUACUAUUCUUCUUGUUGUUUUCACAGCCACUCCAAUAGUAGUUUAUACACUACACCAAUACAUGGAAUUAUCUUUGAUAACAGACUACGUGAGUCUUAGUGCAAGGAUUGCUAACGUUGUUUCUACUACGAAUGCACACUGCAGUCAAACUUGUAUGUUGAUCCACUUUCAGCCAGUUACUAAAUGUAUUGCUGAAAGGUUCAGAUACAUUACCACCAAGAUUACACAAGAAGUAAACAGCCACAGGUCCAUGCAGUCGCUGCGACACCAGAACCCGUCACAAGCACAUCUCAGAGAGAAUGGCAACUCCAGUGACAGGAUCAACUCUCUUAUGAUUUCCUAUCAUUUGCUUUGUGAUGCUGUAGACCAAGCCAAUGCCUUCUACUGCGAUCUGUUACUUACAUCACUAUUUAAUGUGUUUCUCUCUUACACUGUAUGUUUAUAUUUUUUCUUCAUAUUUCUUAUUAUGCCAAGCGUAGAUGGACUAAUUGCAAUGGCAGUCUGGAUACUGUCUAUGACAUGUUAUCUGAUUAUGAUAGUUUCCUCAAGCUCUGACGUUACUCAAGCAGCUGGCGAGACGGCACCAACAAUCAGCAAGCUGAUAACCAACACUGUAGUCGACUCAGGGCUGAAGAAACAGUUGGAGUCUUUUUUGUUGCAGCUGGCCAAGAAACACUUGGUAUUUUCUGCUAGAGGAUUUUUCCAGAUUAACCGACAAAUGUUACUUUCAAUGGCUGCCACUGUAACAACAAAUCUGGUAAUAUUAAUUCAAUUCCAGACCCAGUCCAAGAAGGAACAGGAAUAA